UCAGACUUGUUCUUUCUUCAAGAGGUUAAUAAUCUUAGAUUAAGCAAGGUAUCCAAUGAUCCUUUUUCCAGGUUCCCGUUUAGAUUCAACAUCCAUAACCAAGAGUCCUUUGCAAGGUCAAAUUUCUAGUCUAUAUAUAUAGCAUGAUUGUGAUAAGGGUAUCUCACAUUCUCACAUUAUGGAAGGAACUUCUCAAGCUCUUUCUUAUACCAUAAGAUUCGUUGGUCUACUUGGUUGUCAUGCUCUUGGUAGCAAUCCAAGGUUCAUGGCUAUAGCGGUUGAUCUAGGACGGGAAUUGGUACGGCGAAAAAUCAGGCUUACCUACGGAGGAGGCAACGUUGGCCUUCAAGGAGCUGUAGCUUCAACAGUCUAUAAUAAUGGUGGUAGAGUCCGAGGGUUUAUACCAGGGUAUAUAGCAACACGACAGGUUUACGGACCUACGUACGGUGUAGAGUACACCGUCUCCAGCAAUUACUAUAAGUAUUUCGAGAUGAAUCAUAUUGUGGAAGCCUUCAUCGUACUUCCUGGAGGGAUUGACACUAUGGAAGGUUUAUUCACUUUGAUCUCAUGGGCAUCCGAAGGUUUACACAGUAAACCCAUUGGUCUUUUAAACAUUGACAGUUAUUUCAAUAACCUAAUCAAGUUUCUAGAUGAUGCGGUGAGACAGAACUUCAUGGCUUUGAAUCAAAGGAAACUUUUCAUAUCUUCUUUCUUUGUUGCGAACCCCGCCCAUCAGCAUAGACCAGGAUACAUCCCCAUUUCUCCCAAGCUACAGACCGCAUUAUAUUGUAUGGUGGAUUGCCAUCAGCGCCUUGAUCCGGGUAGGCAUCCAGAUGGCUUUGUACCUUCUCACGAAGUUUUGAGAGUUCAUGAGUUGUUAGGAGAGUGUGUUCGUGCUCUUGGACAUGCAUCUAUCCUUGAUCACCCACAGGAGCAGCAAAUUCCAAGGCAUGGAAUCUUUCUACGGAAAAUUCUUGAGACAUCAAUCAGGGUGUAUGUUGGUUUACGACCUCUCCCAAUCAAUGAUGAACAAACAUUGAGGCAUUUUAUACGAAUUGCAUCACGUGAAUACGAUGUGGUUGAAGUAUUCAUCAUCGUGUCCAAAGAUGAUGAGGAUGAAGGUCAUGGCAAUCCAUGUUUUGUCCAACCGAUGGAGCAGCCUUCUUCGUCCAAUUUUGCUCAAAAUAUUGAGAGCGAUCCAGAUGAUCCUACGUAUGCUGCACUCUCAACGGAAGAUGAAGAAGGUACGGAAGAUGAAGAAGACAUAUCUUCAGAAGAAAGAGAUUAUUGCAAUGAGAAUUGGAGAGAGGUUAAGUCACUUGAAGAUAUUGUCCCCGCCACCUACAAAGCAAUUUCGAUAGAAGGUUUCGAACUACUUCGCAAGGAAGCCUACGAGUGGUGGAAGAGGACCGAUGAGAGUGCGGGAACCCCUAAGCCAUGGACAUGGGCACAUUUCGAAUGGGCAUUCAAACAAGAAUAUAUUCCAAAACGUUUUAGCGAAGAAAGACGUAAGGAAUUUGUCGAAUUGCAACAGGGAGACAUGACACUUCCCGAGUAUCGUCAGAAGUUUACCAGUCUUGCUAAGUUUUCACCAACCUUGGUGAGUACCCCGACCGAUCGCAUCGAGGAGUUCAGAAAGAAACUUCGACCUGACCUUAGGUCGCGUGUGUCCGUCCUAACCACCGUGGAUUUCGUGGAGGCCUACGAUCUCAUAGCCAGGGCAGACAUUGACUUGAGUGCUUGCAUUGAGUAUCUGAAGACAAAUAAUGUCGGUUCAAGCACUCACCGUCCCAUCAGCUCUGUCUCAAAAGGCAAAAGGCCCUUCCAGGAAUCUAGCAAUUCACACAUCUCAAAGAAGGGGAAAUCGGUGAAGACGCACUCAGGGGCGUCGGAGAACAAAUCAAGAGGGUGGAAACACCCCUUGUGCGAUACAUGUGGGAGACAUCAUCUAGGCGAGUCCCCAGUUGUCAGCCAAUUAGCAUCAGCACGACCUGCACCAAGUCAACGAUCAACGGCGGGAUCUAAUCCGGCCAAGAACCAGAGUCAGCAACAGGGACGAGCUCCUGCUCGUACUUAUGCAAUGAAGGCACGAGCUGAGGAAAACCCUGACGUCAUUCAGGGACAUCAGUUCUCUGCCAAUCUUGUCGAAUUACCGUACAAAGAAUUUGACAUCAUCCUCGGAAUGGAUUGGCUCACCGAACACCAAGCAAUUAUCGAUUGCCGACGACGAGCAAUUCAACUAAAGUCUGGAGAGGGAAAGUCUAUAGAGGUAGGCAGAAUGAAUGAUUGGCUGAUUCCUGGCAACAGAAGGGGCGAGACAGUCGUGGUAGGUUACUGAAUGAAAUAAAUAAUUAUGUUGUUAUGAGACAUAUUUUAAAGUCGCUUCCGCAUUUUAUUUAAACACUCCGUAUUUCUCUACAAUUAUGUAUGGAAUAUUAUUUAUAAAUAAAAAUGUUUGAAAUGUUUUAAAUUAUCACGAUUACCAAAUCAAUACUUUAGUCCGAA